AUGUCCCUUCGAUCGCCGAGGGGCUUCGUGCCCCUGGGAACUUCUCGCUCCAAUGGGGGUGAAACCGACAUUCCGUUGACCCAAAUACGAAGCAAUGCCAGCUCUACUGGUGCUCGAAAACCCAGCCAAGGCAUCGCCACAAGCUUCGACGACCGCAACCAAUCGCCCGACAACGAAAACGAAAACGAGAACGAGAAGCAAGGCUUCUUUCGUAGGGGCCGAAGAAGAGCCAAGAGGAAUGAGCCGCCCCCACGAAGCGAUACUCUGGCCUCGCACGAGACCUCUCUGAAUGCCAUGGGAAGACUCUACAACAAGGUCAUCCAUGCCUCCGUCGUCACGCGAUACCUCGUCUAUAUCGUCCCUGUCGGCCUUCUGUUGGCAAUCCCCCUAAUUGUCCUUCCAGCUAUCGGCAAGUCUGACGUCCCGGUCGGGGGUACCGAAAAAAAUCCAGGACCUCCAAUUAAUCAACUUUUCCUGUGGAUCGAGUGCGCCUGGCUGUGCUUGUGGGCUGGAAAACUUGUCGCCUGGGCCUUGUCACCCAUCUUCAUGUUUUUCACUGGAGUAGUCAGUGCCGGGACUCGCAAAUAUGCCACUGUUCUCCAUUCCCUCCAGGUUCCCAUGUCCCUCUUUCUCUGGGCUCUGAGCUCCUGGCUGAUCUUCACAAACCUCAUCCAAGCCCGAUACGAUUCUGUUCAAUGGGUUAACACGCUCAAAACGAUACUGGGAGCCACGUUUGUCUCUUCGGCCGUGUUUCUCGGAGAAAAGGCCAUUGUGCAACUCAUUAGUAUCACGUACCACCAACGUUCUUUCGCCAACCGCAUCAAAGACUCGAAGCGAGAUGUCUUCCUUCUUGGCCUCAUGUACGAUGCGUCCCGCAAGCUGUUCCCCAUGUACUGCCCAGAGUUUCUCGAAGAGGAUGAAAUCAUCAACGAUAGUAUCGAGUUGCUCCUCGGCGGCGGAAAGAAGGCCAGGAGGGGAAAGAACGGAGCCGCCACUCCGAUGAAGCUGAUUGGCAACGUCAGCCGGUUUGGCAACAAAGUCACGUCGGCCUUUGGAAAUAUGGCCUCCGAGAUCACUGGCAAGGAGGUGUUCAACCCAAAUUCCGCGCACUCCAUUGUUGUCGAAGCUUUAGAAAAAGCCCGAACCUCGGAGGCUCUUGCAAAACGUAUCUGGAUGUCCUUCGUCGUUGAGGGCAAGGAGUCCUUGUUUGUGGAUGAUAUAGUCGAAGUUCUUGGUCCCGCUCAUCACGAUGAAGCCGAGGAAUGUUUCGGAGCAGUGGACGCGGAUGGCAAUGGGGAUAUUAGCCUUGAUGAGAUGAUCAGGAAGGUUGUCGAGGCUGGCAAGGAGAGAAAAGCGAUUGCAAACAGCAUGAAGGACAUCAGCCAGGCUUUGGCUGUCUUCGAUAAGGUCCUCCUCUUUAUCGUGCUCCUGAUCGUCAUCUUCAUCUUCCUUGCCUUCUUUCAAAGCUCGUUUGUCACUACUCUUGCAACUGCGGGGACGGCAUUGCUCUCGCUAUCCUUCGUAUUCGCCGUGACGACCCAGGAGUUCCUCGGCUCCUGUAUCUUCUUGUUUGUCAAGCACCCAUACGAUGUGGGCGACCGCGUCGAUAUUACCGGUUCCGAGAAAGAGCAGCUUGUGGUCGAGAAAAUCUCACUGCUCUACACGGUAUUCAACCGCAUCGAUAAAAUGCAGGUCGUUCAGGUACCCAAUAUUAUUCUCAACAAUCUUUGGAUCGAGAACGUUACUCGCAGCAAGGCUAUGAAGGAGGUUAUUGACCUCAAUGUUUCGUUCGACACUUCCUUCGAAGAUAUUGAGCUGUUGCGUCAAGAGAUGGAGAAUUUUGUCCGGGCGCCGGAGAAUUCCAGAGACUUUCUGCAGGAUAUUGUCAUCGGCGUCUCAGGUGUCGGCGAUUUGGAUAAGCUGCAGCUUAAGGUUGCUAUCAAGCACAAGUCCAACUGGCACAACGAGGCCGUCCGAGCCACUCGAAGAUCCAAGUUCAUGUGCGCGCUCAUACUUGCACUGAAGAAAGUGCCGGUCAACGCACCUGGGGGAGGAGGAGAUGCGUUAGGCGGUCCGGCAAAUCCGACGUACUCCGUGAGCGUUUCUGACGCGGAAGCUGCUGCUGCUCGCGACAAAUCUGGCCAGGAUAAGAAUGCCAAACGCCUCGUGCCAGCACCGCCACCUGCUCGGAACCCUUCGACCUCGAGUAGAGCCAACAUGUCGCAAUCUAGAGAGGAAAAAGCUGCACAGGGCUUCAAUACGCUCGACCCCAUGCGAGCGGCGGAGGAUGACUGGGGUUACAACCGUGACGACACCGACCCGGACGACGACGCACGCGAUGAGGCGGUAGAACGAAAACGCUCGAGUGACAUCGAAACUCUGCGAUUGGAUCUCCAUAAGCGAGAGAGUCAGCGUAGUGGCAGUCAGCGUAUUGGCCGUCGCCGGGCCGGCGACACUGUGCCCAUUGAACCAAUCGGAAGCAAUGGACCUGGCCUCCAGGUGACGCAGCACAUGGCACCCUUCGACGAAGAAGCUCAGAUGGGUGGACCGGGCCCGUAUACGAACCCGUAUAGUGCAUAUAGUUCAGGCACACAAUCGGGCACUCUCUACCCACAAUCAAGCAGAACGCCACUGACUGGUGGCCAGGCUGCUUCAAGCAGCAGAACCCAAGAACCUAACGCGCCCCCGCCAGCAGCACAACCUAGACUCCAGCGUUAG